CAAUCGGAGCCUUCGAACUAGAGCGACGGUGCUCAAACCAUGCGCAUUGAGCAGUCUCAAUGCGGUCACAACGAGAGACGACGCGGUGCUGCUCCAGCCAUAUGGCGUAGCGCUUUCUCUCAGACAUUUGAAGGCGAGCAGAGCGCCUGUCUCUGGAGUCUGUGGUUACCUACAACAGGAAAGUCGACAGAGGAACCCCCGUUUCCUUACGAGGAGGAGCCUAUCACAGUGUCAGUUGUUCCAUCUUUGCGGUUGGUCUGAGUUGGAGCAAGCAGUAUGGCAAGUAGUGUGGCGCGAGCAGGCACCGCCAGCGGCUUGUGUUUGCGGCAGGUGGAAGGACUGAGCACGCAGGCUAGACAGUAUGAGCGCCACUCUGCGGUGCACGCGUUUGCAGCGCCGGCCGGCCCCGUCUCGCGUGGCCCGCGGACGGCUGUCAUCACCGCCAAUAAGAAGGCCGUUAAGAGGCGGCAGGUGAUCCUGACGGCGGACGUGGAGCACCUGGGCAAGGAGGGCGAGAUGCACUUUGUGAAGCCGGGCUACUUCCGCAACUACCUCUACCCCUACCAGAUGGCUAAGAUCGCCACCCCCGACAUCAUCGCUGCGAUUGAGGCGGAGAAGGCGGCCGAGGAGGAGGAGAAGCGGAAAGUGCGCGACGCGGCCUUCCAGGUGGCGCAGUCCCUGCAGCUGGUCGGCAUGUUUGUGGUGCAGAAGAAGGCCGGCGACAACAAGCAGAUCUUUGGCGGGGUGUCGGCAGCGGACGUGGCAGAGGCCAUCCGGAAACAGACGCUCAGGGACAUCCCGAAGGGCGACAUUGCUGUCCCGGAGAUCAAGGCGCUGGGCGUGUACAGCACGACGGUGAAGCUGCACCCCGAGGUGACAGCCACCAUCAAGAUCAAUGUGGUGCCCGGCAAGUAGGCAGGGGGGCCAUCGGAAGAGACACCAACGGGUUGGCAGGUACAAUAGAGGUAGCGCACCACAUAAGAACACUGCGCUCGGCGAGCGAGCCCGCGGGGGCUCGCAGCUGCUUGAGAAACAUUGUAGAGUGGACUAGUCUAAGCUUUGACUUAAGGUCCGAGGACAAACGCAGACAAGUGGAGUUCACUCGGCCAUGGGCCAACAUGAGCCCCUGGUAUCCUUCUAAAGUUGCAGAGUGUUGCACAUCUGCCCCCUUUCUUCUGUCAGCCACGCACUGUGGCGCUGAGGGCCCG